AUGAGCGUUGGGGAAACGGCAGGAACGAUCGCACCGUACAUGUCAUCUUGCUGCGGCAGCACAACGGCCUUCCCCGUUCUUUCAUCACAAUUAUAUGAGUGGAAACGCGCAAAGUUGUUUGUUUAUCCGCAUGCCGGUAAUCCGGAUGACUUCGGGGAAUGCCUGCUGUUGAGCAUGAGCAUGGACGAUGACUGGCAGAUGCACCCCGCGGAAGCUCCGCUCCGCUGUGGGUCGAUAAACUCUCAACUCCCAAACAAACAACCAUUCAAGGGAGAGUGCCCCCUUCCUUUGGCCGAGAUUAUUCGAUGA